AUGGUGUGCCACGCUGCUCCUCUGAAAACCAAGACCAAGAACAAGAACAAGAACAAGACCAGACCAAGACCAAUACCAAGACCAGACCAAGACCAAGACCAAGACCAAGACCAGACCAAGACCAGACCAAGACCUGACCAAGACCAAAACCAAAACCAAGACCAAGACAAGACCAAGACCAGACCAAGACCAGACCAAGACCAAGACCAAGACCAGACCAAGACCCAGACAAGACCAAGACCAAGACCAAGACCCAGACAAGACCAAGACCAAGACCAGACCAAGACCAGACCAAGACAAGACCAAGACCAAGAACAAGACCAAGAACAAGACCAAGACCAGACCAACACCAGACCAAGACCAAGACCAAGACCAAGAACAAGACCAGACCAGACCAGACCAGACCAGACCAAGACCAAGAACAAACCAAGACCAGACCAAGACCAGACCAAGACCAGACCAACUCCAGACCAAGACCAAGACCAAGAACAAGACCAAGACAAGACCAGACCAAGACCAGGACAAAGACCAAGACCAAGACCAGACCGAGACCGAGACCAGACCGAGACUGAGACCAAGACCAAGACCCAGACCAAGACCAGACCAAGACCAAGACCAAGACCAAGACCAAGACCCAGACCAAGACCAGACCAAGACCAGACCAACACCAAGACCAAGAACAAGACCAAGACCAAGACCAAGACAAGACCAAGACCAGGACAAAGACCAAGACCAAGACCAAGACCAAGACCAAGACCAAAACCAAGACCAGACCAAAGACAAGGACCAAGACCAAGACCAAGACCAGACCAAGACCAAGAACAAGACCAAGACCAAGACCAAGACCACACCAAGACCAAGACCACACCAGACCAAGACCAAGACCCAGACAAGACCAAGACCAAGACCAAGACAAGACCAAGGCCAAGACAAGACCAAGGCCAAGACAAGACCAAGACCAAGAACAAGAACAAGACCAAGACCAAGACCAAGAUCAAGUCCAGACCAAGACACGACCAAGACCUAGACCAAGACCAGACCAAGACCAAGACCAACACCAAGACCAAGACCAAGACCAGACCAAGAACAAGAAGAAGAACAAGACCAAGACCAAGACCCAGACCAAGACCAAGACCAAGUCCAAGAUCAAGACCAAUUACAAGACCAAGACCAGACCAAGAACAAGAACAAGACCAAGACCAAGACCAGACCAAGACCAAGACCAAGACCAAGACCAGACCAAGACCAGGACAAAGACCAAGACCAAGACCAGGCCAAGACCAGACCAAGACCAAGACCAGGACCAAGACCAAGACCAGGCCAAGACCAAGACCAGACAAAGAACAAGAACAAGAACAAGACCCAGACCAAGACCCAGACAUAGACCAAGACCAAGACCAGACCAAGAACAAGACCAAGACCAAGACCAAGACCCAGACAAGACCAAGACCAAGACCAAGACCCAGACAAGACAAAGUCCCAGACAAGACCAAGACCAAGACCAAGACCAGACCAAGAACAAGAACAAGACCAAACCAUUCCAAGACCAAGACCAAGACCAAGACCAGACCAAGACCAAGACCAGAACAAGACCAAGACCAAGACCAUACCAACACCAAGACCCAGACAAGACCAAGACCAAGACCCAGACAGGACCAAGACCAAGACCAAGACCCAGACAAGACCAAGACCAGACACCAAGACCAAGACCCAGACAAGACCAAGACCAAGACCAAGGCCAAGACAAGAUCAAGGCCAAGACAAGACCAAGAACAAGAACAAGACCAAGACCAAGACAAGACCCAGACAAGACCAAGACCCAGACAAGACCAAGAUCAAGUCCAGACCAAGACCAAGACACGACCAAGACCAAGACCAGACCAAGACCAAGACCAAGACCAACACCAAGACCAAGACCAGACCAAGAACAAGAAGAAGAAGAAGAACAAGACCAAGACCCAGACCAAGACCAAGACCAAGACCAAGAUCAAGACCAAUUACAAGACCAAGACCAGACCAAGAACAAGAACAAGAACAAGACCAAGACCAAGACCAGACCAAGACCAAGACCAGAUCAAGACCAAGAACAAGACCAAGACCAAGACAAGACCAAGACCAAGACCAAGACCAGACCAAGAACAAGAAAAUGACCAGGACCAAGACCAAGACCAAGACCAGACCAGACCAAGACCAAGACCAAGACAAGACCAAGACCAAGACCAGACCAAGACCAAGACCAGACCAAGAACAAGAAAAUGA